CUUGAGAUGGCAUAUUGAGCGUGGCAGAUGUGGACGGCUCAUCGAUUUGGACCUUCAGCUGUGGUGUAGUCAGGCCGAAGCGCUUGCAGACGGCGUCCAUGCCCUCUCUCACGUAUUUCUGGCGGUCGGCGAGGAAACGUCCGGAGACCGACAGACUCUACUUAACACCCGCUAUGGGAUCCAGCUUCUCAAACAGCUCCGCAUCCGAUGACCUUGCAGGGCUUGUCAGCUUGUCCACCAUCACCUGCGCCUCCUUCAGCAGUGCCUGGCGAGCAUCGUCCUCUUCGCGAAGUGCCUCGUCCAUCUGGUCCAGCAAGUCUCGCGCGUCGAACGUUGCACUCUGCUCAUCCUGCUCACGCCGAAACGCUGUAUCGAUCUUCGCAUCGGCCUGCGUGCGGUGAGCGCCUUUAAUGUUGUCGAUCAGUUCCACUAUCCACCGCGCCACGGGGUCGUCGAUGGAUGUGUCUGCCGCUCGCUGCCAAUGCCACGUCUCGAACUCGUCCAGCGCCUCCUGCCACGUUCGAUACGAGCCUUUCAGCUGCUUCAAUAAAUUAAAGCCGGUCCAGGUGGGUCUCUUGGUGCAUCUUGCAUUCACAGAAACGUUGGAUCGUGGUGAGUGCCCUUCAAAGCCACACUUCGAGUCAAAUGAGACAUCACCAUCGACCGACAGCCGCGACUCUACGUCGACAUAUGCAGCAGUAUAGCUGCGGUCCUUGUUUUGCAGCCAUUCAUCCAGGUCAAAGUCGAGCUCACAGGGCCGUUCCUGAGAGCUGCUGCCUACAAAGGGCUUCAGCAGGAGCAGCAGCUUCUUGGCGCGGUCCUCGAUGGCCCCCGGCUGCUUUGAGUAGCAGCUCGGAAUGGCCAUACUCAGAGGGGGCACGGCCGACUUAUCCACAUCCCUCUGAGUACACACAUGCAAAUACAGAGACACGGACUUUCGCGCCAAAUCCUAAGAGUCCACCGGCUCAUACAUACCUGUCGCAGCUGGCAUUUAGUGUGAAGUGGAUGCUGCGCUGUAAAGUAGAGGGCCCUGUCCUUCUCAGCCAGCAACUCAGCGGCAUCGGCAGCGUGAGAGCAGACCGAGGAGGGGCACAUGUUGCUCGCCUCCGUGCUCUUAUAUUUGCGGAAGAACAGCUCGUGAAACAGGUAGACGGGGACUGAAGCCAUUGGCAGCUUCACUGGGUCGCCUUCUCUGGUACACAUGACGUCGGGAGGGACUCCAAUCUCCACUUCCUCGGUCAUUCGAAAUAGAUAGUCCUGCGCCUUGCU